GGCGCCCAGCAUCUACGAGAUGACCGAUGUCAAGCGCGGGUUGCUGCUGCAGCUGUUCGGCGGCGUGCGCAAGCAGUUUGCACGUGCCGGCGCGCCCGGUCGCGUGUCGCAGAUGCUGUCGGCCGUGCAUGCGCUGGCGCCGCGCGGCGUGUACACGUCCGGCAAGGGCAGCUCGGCCGUUGGACUGACAGCCUACGUAACGCGCGAUCCCGACACGCGCCAGCUAGUGCUGGAGUCUGGCGCGCUGGUGCUGUCGGACGACGGUGUCUGCGCCAUCGAUGAGUUCGACAAGAUGUCGGACUCGACGCGGUCGGUGCUGCACGAGGUCAUGGAACAGCAGACGAUUUCGAUUGCUAAGGCCGGAAUCAUUACGUCGCUGAACGCGCGGUGCUCGAUACUUGCCGCCGCCAACCCGGUCGACAGCAAGUGGAACAAGAACCUAAGCAUCAUUGAGAACAUCAAUCUGCCCCCGACGCUGACCAUGGACCGCCGCCUGGCGCGACACAUCGUCGGGCUGUACGUCGACGAGCCAGCUGAGCCCGCUGCCACGACUCAGCCACCCUGCCUCUUGUCCCAGCCGACAAGCUUACGCGCGCUGGUGCAAGCCUAUGUGGAUCUGCGGCGGAUGGGCCGGGACGCGCACGCCGGCGCAACGACGUCUGGCGCCGUGGCGCAGGGCUCGGCACCGAGCGGCCGCGUAACGGCAACAGCGCGCCAGCUCGAGUCGAUGAUCCGCAUGGCUGAGGCCCACGCCAAAAUGCGUCUGUCCACCGUGGUCGAUGUCGCCGAUGUUCAGGAGGCUGCAAGGCUGAUGCGUGAGGCUCUGCGCGAGUCUGCGACGGAUCCGCGCACUGGCCUGAUCGACCUCGAUUUGAUCAACACUGGCUUUGCGGCUAGCGACAGGAGGCAGUUGGACGCCAUCAAGCGUGAGACUCGCAAUUUGCUGCUGGCUACUGCGCGCGCCGCAGGAUCCAAGCCCCAGCCGGCGGCAUCAACGGCGUCUGCCGUUGCGGAUGCCAGCCUGCCGGACUCACCCCAUGCCGGUAAUAGCGCCGCGUACCAGACUUGGCUUGACAGGCUGAACGACCAGUCGUAUGCGCCGGUGCCGCCGCGUCUCUUUGACCAGGUCAUCCGCGAGCUGCAGACUGAGGGCGUCAUCAAUGUUGUUGGCGCCGGACGCAACAUGCUGGUGGUUGUCAAGCAGAGCGCUCUGCAUAACUAAUUUUAUUUUUUAUUUUAGGAGAAAAUUCCUAAAUCUUAUAUCAAAAUCAAGCGCCGA